AUGUAGAAAUGCAAAGGUCUGGCGUAAAGACAAAAACUGAUGCUCGAGAGAUUAUUCUUGACGAAUGAAUAGAAUGUGAGGUGCGCAUACGAAAUCGGGCCCUUACCAAGGCUGCCAACCACGGCACCACAUCCUAAGAGAAUCAUGCAACCUGGGUACGACGCCCCGACCCACACACGCUCUGAUUCCAGCUAUUUCUUUAUUUUCACGUCGUCCUUCAAAUUAGCCCAAAACCUUUCCAUCUACUUUCAACUCCACGGCACAGCAACAAAACACUUCCAGAGAAAGACGAACGACAACAAAAUGGCUUCAAGCUACCAUCUUCCUUACCGGGGUCUGCCGCAAGAACUCCUCGACAUGAUCUUCACCUACGCCCUCUGCCCGAAUGAAGGCCUGACGAUAUGCUCCGCCGGAGAGAACGGACAGGGACCGGGCUGGGGUCAUAGCCAACCAUGCCACAUCCAAGGCCUUGCAGCCGGGCUCUUGCGGACGAACUCGAAGACCUACCACGACACCAAGGCCAUACUGUACAGCAACAAACGUAUCACCCUGGCCACUCCUUCUAUGGCCGCGUUCGAAUUUAUUGUCGACUUGCCUCUUCAUAUCAAAAGCGCCGUCCUACUGGCCGACAUGUUGCCGAAAAGCCACCACGAGGGCUUCGCUAAGAAUACCCAGGAUAUGCUCUAUUUCCUCAUAAAAAGGACGCGUUUGGACGACAUCACGAUCGUGUUUUCAGGCGAUACGGACUACCACAACUCUUUUCUGACGGGCUGGUUCGUCGUAUGUUGCCUCGUUAGAGCUCUUCGGCACGGCGACAGCAUUAGCAAAAUCCGAUUUGUCUACCAAGGCAACUUUGAGAGUGUCGGUGUUCAUGAUUUUGUAGGCAUGGAAGAGGAAGUUGAAUACUUAAUGCUGGAUUGGGAAGAUGGUCAGGCUCUGAGAGCGUUGAGACGUGAGAGAUUCGGGUGCUCUAAUGAAGACGAGCUCGGUCGCCGUGAGGCUAAUAAGAGACACUCUCGUGCAGCUUGGAACAAAGCUGGAUUUACUCUUGAACGGGAUGUCAACCGAGUUGGAGAGGCGGGUACAGUGCUGGUGAUCCGACGAGUGGGGGCGUCGACAAAGUAGGGCUGUGAGCGGGGCGGGGAUGUUAGCGAAGAGAGAAGUCUGUCAGAAUUACGAGAGAAGAAAAUGUGAGGAGCAAAGAUACGUCUGCUGUAUACGAAGGACAGAAAUCAUCUUCACCU